AUAAAAUGCGAUGAAGAAAAAAGUAUAAUUACUUGAUGGUGGUAAUUGUUCUUCUUACUGAAAAACAAACUUUACUGAGAAGGUUGCUAUUGGUGAGCGGAUUCACGUACGUUACUAACUAACUUUUAACUACUAACUUAAAAUAACUUGGCCUGCAAGUUUCUGCAUAAUUAAAAUGCCGUUUUAUUGCGGAUUAACUAUCGCGUAGCCUACUAAUUGAAUUUACAAUUUACAUUUACAUGUAGUCAUUAGCAGACGCUCCAGAGCGACUUACAGUAAGUACAGGGACAUUCCCCCACAAUAACUAAGCCUUUGAGUUUCCGCAUGAUAAACAAAAUCAGCCUUUCUGUUUCUGUUGUUGACUGCAUAAGAACCGAGACCCAAAAUGAAUAUAAUGCACAUACAUAUUGUGAGUUAUUAUUUUGUGGUUCUUGCAUGAAUGCAUUGAUAUGCUUGGCCUUUGUAAGUCGCUCUGGAUAAGAGCGUCUGCUAAAUGACUAAAUGUAAAUGCCUUUAAGCAUUAAAAUGUUCAACAGCAGAAACCUAUACAAUGCUCUCAGAGGACGGAAUAAACUACUUGGACCGUAGUCUCUCACUAACUGAUGCCGCUCGUUACUGCCUUGGUCCAGCUCCAUUCCCAAAAUAUAUUGGCAACAUCAUAGGCUCUCAAUAAACUAGACGUGAAUGCACGGAUUGAUUUAUCAGUCUCAGUAACCUGUAAAUGACUGUAAUAGGGCGGUACCGCAAUUGCGCUAGCUGAAUAGUUUUACUUUCAUUUUUACGUUGAAGUGAUAACACAGGGCUCUCAAGUGUCACGCAUUCGUGACAGUCACUCAUUUCGGUCUUUUGUCACGCACUCCCGCCACACGUUGUAUUUCUCACGCGGAAAACUUAUGUUUAAUAUGCCGCACCGCGUCGCCGCCCAAAAUGUCUCUGGCCGCGCCGCUCUCACUAUGGAACCGGCAGGAAUCAAGCGCGUCUCCCCUGGAGACUCCCCUGCCACUUAUCAGUCAAUCAAAAAGAAAAGGGCUACACAAUAGCCAAUCAGAAAAUAGCACUAUUGUAUCUGUGUAAGAUUUAACGCAAACACCAAUGAAAAAAAGCAUAUCCUGGAAUUGUUGACGUGAUUCUGCUACAACGUCUUCAGAAAGUUUCGUUCAUCCACAGAGCAAACCACUGGAGCUCAAGCAUCACUUUGAGCACAGAGGUCACUUAACAACUUGUUUGUCCCUGAUUGAACAACACUUCCUUCCACUAUUUCCUGAUGUGACCUUGGCCCUCCUUUAGCCGCCUAUCUGACUCCACCAGACUCUCGCCUCCUACUUUACAUACAUGAGGAGGUGCAGCUCAACUACAGACAAAAAGCUCUGAACUCAACGCCACUAAAGCAUCUUUCAGUCAUGGUUUGUGCCCAUGUGUUGGCUAAGUUUGCUCUGCUGUUCCUGCUGUCCUUUGGAGUCUCCCAUGUUGAAAAUAAGACUCUGGACCAAAAUACACUGGUCCCUGUGAUCCAAUUCUUUAACCAGAACUAUGAUCCAGGUUCCCAGUACGCCAUUGCCAUCAACGUUCCUUCAAAUCAGUGUGCUGACUAUGUUGACAACAACUUCCUCACAAAGUAUCCUGCAAACAAUGUCAAGAACGACAUGAGCAGUGAAGACAAACUGUACACAGCUGCAGAGUUGAUAGCCGCCCGCCCAAAGAAGAAAGGGAAGUUUAACAUCCACUCCGAGUCCAUCCUGCUGAGAAUUCCAGACAAGCAAGGGGUGGUGCCCAUGAAUCAACUGCUGAAGAAAUAUUCCAAUGGCUGCGUGGUGUUCUACACCUACAACUCCCCGUGUGUGCAGACCUGCACAGCUCCUGACGGCACACACAGCAUCCUCCCAGCCCUGGAGGAGCUGUUCCGGAACUACGAAGGAUCCAAGGCCUUCGUCUUUACAGACAUAUUUCCUCAUGACAAACCAAAGCCUGAGCUAGCAGCGCAGCUUAGGCUUGUUGAUGAUCGCAUUCCCCUUUACCGUUGUGUAAAAGAUAACAAAACACAACAAAUAGCAGAAUGCUUUGUGUGCAGAGGCAACAAUGGGAACAUAGUUGAGGAGUGCCUGAAGUAGCAUGAGACAGAUUUAGUCUAAUCAUUAAUGCGGAGGUCACUGGUUAGACAUCUUCAUUGAUAUGUUAGCUCUCGUGCAUCAUUUACUGUACACUAUCAGGAACACUUUAAAGUAAAAUAACACGUACACCACUUAUUCUAUUGCCUGUCUAGUUAAGGGGCUAACAAAGCUACAGUAGCCCUGUUAGUCUGUUGUGUCUGUGCUACUUUGAGUUGUAUCUGAUAUUAAAUAUGAUGGUCAAUUUUCACCAAGUAAAUAAAUAGAAUAUCUCAGCACAGUC